UAAGGAAUAUAAAACACAUUCGGUUGCGCACGCGCACAGUGUUUUCCGUGCUGCAACAGGCACAAGCAGUGUUGUAGGUCGAGCCAAGCCAAGUGACACGAAACUCGUUUGAUAUUUGCGUGCCAGUGAAUUUGGCAUUUAUUGUUGAAACAUACUAGUUAUGUUGUACCUCAUCUGGUUGCUGGCAAUUGCGGCAGCCUUGGUGCUGUACUGUCGCCAGGUAUACUCUAGAUUCUCCAAACAUGGGGUGAAGCACUUCAGGCCUGUCCCAAUUUUAGGGAACAUGGCCAAGAUCGUACUACGGAUCGAUCAUUUCGCUGAUGAUAUUAUGAAAUAUUACGAGAGUUUUCCGGAAGAGAGGUUUGUUGGAAGAUACGAGUUUCUAAGCCCAAUGAUUGUAGUCAAAGAUCUUGAUCUUGUCAAGAAAAUAUCUAUCAAGGACUUCGAGCACUUUCUGGACCAUCGGUCGUUUGUUGAUGAAAAGGUGGAUCCUUUCUUUGGAAGAAAUUUAUUUUCACUAAAAGGGCAAGAAUGGAAGGACAUGCGGUCCACUUUGAGUCCAGCGUUCACCAGUUCCAAGAUACGCCUGAUGGUGCCAUUUAUGGUGGAAGUUGGCGAUCAAAUGAUACAAGCUCUUAAAGCUAAGAUAAAAAAUUCAGGAGUUGACUACGUUGAUAUCGAGGCAAAAGAUUUGACGACCCGAUAUGCCAAUGACGUCAUCGCCUCCUGCGCCUUCGGACUGAAGGUUGACUCGCAUAUGAAAGAGGAAAAUGAAUUUUAUCAGAAGGGGAAAGAAGCGUCUACAUUUGGAUACUUUCAGCUUCUCAAGUUCUUUGGCUUUAUUUCUUUUCCAAAGAUUAUGUCGAAACUUAAAUUCACACUCUUCACUGAGGCGACCACGUCGUUCUUCAAAAGUCUGGUGCUCAGCACAAUGAGGAACAGAGAGGAGCAAAACAUCAUCAGACCGGACAUGAUACAUCUUCUGAUGGAAGCCAAAAAAGGAAAAUUAUCAUAUGACGACAAGACUACACAAGAUGCUGAUGCUGGUUUUGCUACAGUCGAAGAGUCAUCUGUUGGGAAAAAAGAUAUAGAUAGAGUUUGGUCGGACAGUGAUUUGAUCGCGCAAGCUGUUUUAUUCUUUAUCGCCGGCUUCGAGACUGUAUCAUCAGCUAUGUCAUUCGCUCUGCACGAGUUGGCAAUCAACCCUGAAGUGCAAGAGAGACUGGCACAGGAGAUCAAAGAGAAUGAGAUCAAAAACGGUGGCAAAUUUGACUACAAAUCGAUUCAGGAUAUGACGUACAUGGAUAUGGUAGUUUCAGAGGUCCUCAGAUUAUGGCCUCCAGCAAUCGCUUUGGAUAGAUUGUGUGUUAAAGACUACAAUUUGGGCAAACCCAACAGCAAAGCAACCGAAGAUUAUAUUAUACGCAAAGGCGAAACUGUUGGAAUACCUAGUUGGGGUUUCCAUCGGGACCCUAACUAUUUUCCAAACCCCAUGAAGUUUGACCCUGAACGUUUCUCUGAAGAAAACAAACAUCAAAUACAACCGUUCUCAUACAUGCCAUUUGGACUCGGCCCCAGAAAUUGUAUUGGCUCAAGAUUCGCUCUGUGCGAGGUGAAAGUGAUGCUGUAUCAACUGCUACAACAUAUGGAGGUGACGCCGUGUGAGAGGACAUGUAUACCGACCAAGCUCAGCACCGAGUCGUUCAACAUUCGCAUCAAAGGAGGCCACUGGAUACGAAUGAAAAACAGAAAAACAAUGCUGUUUCUCAUCUGGACCGUGGCAAUUGUCGCAAUCUUGACGCUGUACUUUCGCAACCUAUACUCCAGAUUCUCAAAAUAUGGCGUGAAACACUACAAGCCUAUUCCAAUCCUGGGGAACAUGGCCAGAAUAUUGUUCAGGAUUGACAAUUUCAUUGAUGAUACCGUUAGAUACUACGAGUGCUUCCCGAAAGAGAGGUUUGUAGGAAAAUACGUGUUUAUGAAUACAGGAAUAUUCAUAAGGGAUCUUGAAUUGGUGAAGAAAAUAACAAUCAAAGACUUCGAACACUUUCUGGAUCACCAGGGGUUUGUUGAUGAAAAAGUAGACCCAUUCUUUGGAAGAAACUUAUUCUCUUUAAAAGGUCAAGAAUGGAAAGAUAUGAGAUCGACAUUGAGUCCAGCGUUCACGAGUUCGAAAAUAGGACUGAUGGUUCCGCUCAUGGUUGAAGUUGGCGAUCAGAUGAUUCAGACUCUUAGAACUAACAUCAAAGAUUCAGGAGUUGACCACAUUGAUAUCGAUGCUAAGGACUUGACCACCAGAUAUGCCAAUGACGUCAUUGCUUCUUGUGCAUUUGGGCUUAAAGUAAACUCACAUAUGGACAAAGAAAAUGAGUUCUAUCUGAAUGGAAUAAAAGCUACUACGUUUAAAUUCACUCAGCUGCUCAAGCUUCUUGGUUUUUUCUGUUUUCCAAAACUUCUGUCGAAAUUUAACUAUACCCUUUUUCCUCAAUCAAUGUCGAACUUCUUUAAAAAUGUAGUUCUGAGUACAAUGAUGAAUCGAGAGAAGAAUAACAUUAUCAGACCUGACAUGAUUCAUCUGCUAAUGGAAGCUAAGAAAGGAAAACUAACAUACGAUGACAAGACCGCAAAAGAUGCUGACGCUGGCUUUGCUACUGUAGAAGAAUCGGCUGUAGGAAAGAAAGCUGUAAAUAGAGUAUGGUCGGACAACGACCUAAUCGCACAAGCUUUCUUCGCCGGCUUUGAAACUGUAUCUACUGCUAUGUCAUUCGCUUUGCACGAAUUGGCUUUAAAUCCUGACAUACAAGAGAGACUAGUGCAAGAGAUAAAAGAAAAUGAUUUUAAAAAUGAUGGCAAAUUUGACUACAAGUCAAUUCAGAAUAUGACAUACAUGGAUAUGGUAAUUUCAGAGGUACUUAGAUUAUGGCCACCGGCUCCGGCACUUGAUAGAAAAUGCAUCAAGGAGUAUAACUUGGGCAAACCUAAUAACGAAGCAACGGAAGAUUAUAUUAUACGCAAAGGUGAAAAUAUUGGGAUCCCCACGUGGGCAAUACACCGAGAUCCUCAGUACUUUGAGGAUCCCUUAAAAUUCGACCCAGAACGAUUCUCUGAAGAAAACAAACACAAAAUCAAACCUUUUUCGUACUUGCCAUUCGGAGCGGGCCCCAGAAACUGCAUUGGUUCAAGAUUCGCUCUAUGUGAAGUGAAAAUACUAUUGUACCAACUACUACUAAAUUUUGAAGUGGCUCCGUGUGAGAAAACAUGUAUACCAACAAAGAUCGAGAACAAAACUUUAUCUGUUCGUAUCAAAGGAGGCCAUUGGAUACGAUUAAAAAUUAGAACUUAGCCAUAUUUUAAAUGUUUACAAUUAAAUAUUUAUAUAUUUUUUUAUUAUCAUUCGUAAAAAAAUAUAUAUUAUAUACCCUUAAAAGAUGGGGCAGUAUUCAGAAAAAGAUUUAAAAUAAAUGUCGCAAUAUACAUAA